GAAAAAACAUAAAUAUAUUGCCUUAUCAUGCCAGGCGCCAGGCAUAAAAUCCUGGGACAUGUACUCUCAGGGUUCUGUCAUAAAAUGAACCGACGUAAGCCUAUAUAUGGUGACUCCUUGGAUACUCCACUUAACCGAUGUCUUACAACUUUUGAUAUUACCUUAUUAGGUGUAGGUCAUAUGGUGGGAGCUGGCAUUUAUGUGUUAACCGGAGCAGUUGCCCGUAAUAUGGCGGGGCCGGCAACAGCUCUAAGUUUCCUUUUAGCUGGUAUUACAUCUACGCUAGCUGCCUUAUGCUAUGCUGAAUUUGGCACGAGAAUACCGAGGGCUGGAAGUGCCUAUGCUUAUACUUAUGUCAGCAUUGGAGAAUUUUGGGCGUUUAUUAUUGGUUGGAACAUUGUACUCGAGUAUAUGAUCGGUGCUGCAUCAGUUGCCAGAGCUUGGUCGGGAUAUUUAGAUGCAAUGCUAGAUGGUGCAAUAAGCAAUGCAACGAUAGCUGUAACAGGCGAUCUACAUGAAACUCUUCUUAGUAGAUAUCCUGAUGUGUUAGCAUUUCUUAUUUGUAUUGUAGCGUCUUUAAUAUUAGCAGUGGGCGUUAAAACUUCAGCAUAUAUUAACAAUGGACUUACAAUAUUAAAUCUUAUUGUAAUUUCUCUGGUAAUAUUUCUUGGAUUCUAUUACGCUGACCUGAGUAACUGGUCUGAAAAGAACGGUGGUUUUAUGCCAUUCGGUUUUAGUGGAGUUCUUGCUGGUGCAGCUACUUGUUUUUAUGCAUUUGUUGGUUUUGAUAGUAUAUCUGCCUCUAGUGAAGAAGCAAAAGACCCCUCACGUUCCAUUCCUAUAGCAACCAUCUUAUCGAUGGCCAUGGUCGCUUUUGGGUACAUUCUUGUUGCGAUAGCUUUAACUUUGAUGGUGCCUUAUACCAGUAUUAAUCCAGAUGCUGCCUUACCUGCAGCGUUAGGUGCUGUACAUGCCGACUGGGCAAAAUAUGCAGUAGCGGUUGGUGCAGUUUGUGGAAUGACUACAACUUUGUUAGGUUCUUUAUUCUCUUUACCUCGUUGCUUAUAUGCUAUGUCAGCCGACGGACUUUUGUUCGGGUUUCUUAGCGAUGUUAACAAUAAAUCACAAAUUCCUAUUUCGAAUCUUAUAAUAUCGGGAUUAUCAUCAGCUUUUAUUGCAUUAUUAUUCGAUUUAGAGAAACUUGUAGAGUUUAUGUCGAUUGGCACAUUGUUAGCAUAUACGAUCGUUAGUGCAGCCGUUAUUAUUCUGCGAUAUCGGCCAACGCCACCUCCAGAAGACAAGAUUUUCGGCUCGCCUCAUUUGGAUUCACCCAUAGAUAGGGAAGAUAGCUCUGCAACCGGUACUCCAGGAACUGACGGUGGAUCUUCUUCUUCGGAGAUGUUCGAAGCACUGACGGUGGGUCGCCUGCGCGCACAGUAUGCAUGGCUUGAGCCGCUGGCGGGGGGACGCGCGCCCGGAAGUGCGGUCACCAGCUGCGUGUAUAUCUUUACGGCUGCCGCUGCAGCGCUAUGCGCACAUAACCACUUCUUAGCGGAGCCCGCUGGUCUGUGGGCACUGUUGCCCGACUUUGUGCUGAGUUUCAUAAUCAUUGCUUGUUUGGUUAUAAUAUGGGCCCAUCAACAGAGCCCCGCGCGGUUACCAUUCCGAGUGCCCUGGGUGCCCUUACUGCCGGCCGCUAGCGUCAUGCUGAACGUAGAACUAAUGAUCAACCUCAAUGCUCUUACUUGGGCACGUUUCACUAUUUGGAUGACAUUUGGUCUUCUCCUAUAUUUCCUGUACGGGAUCCAUCACACCAAGCUGGGAGAGGGUGUUACAGGCCUGCUCUCUCGCUCUGGCAGCGGCACCGCCCACAGCUGGGGUUCCGUCGAUAAAACUAGUUCUUUGGCGAGAAGGGUGGGACGCUUGGGUCGCGGCAGUAAGAGUGAUGAUCGUAAACCAAUCAUAUGCGACGAUGAGCUCGCCAGGCGGGAACCGUGAUUUUAAAUAUUGGAUAGUUUUCCAAAGUUUAUUAAAGUUUUAUGUUGAAACUAUUUGAUGUGUUAACUUCUCUAAGUAUUUGAAUUUA